UUUUUACCCUCGGGAAGUCGCUCAUAACAAGCGUCUUUUCGCCCCCUUUGCUUUCAGCAACCCCACCCGCCAACCGCCAUCAUGCGUGAAGUUUUGUCCGUCCACAUCGGCCAGGCCGGUUGCCAGAUUGGUAACGCCUGCUGGGAGCUCUACUGCCUUGAGCACGGUAUCCAGCCGGAUGGCCAGAUGCCCUCUGACAAGACCAUUGGCUUUGGUGAUGACUCGUUCAACACCUUCUUCUCGGAGACCGGCGCUGGCAAGCACGUUCCCCGUGCCGUCUUUGUCGACCUCGAGCCCACCGUCGUCGAUGAGGUCCGCACUGGCACCUACCGCCAGCUGUUCCACCCCGAGCAGCUCAUCUCUGGCAAGGAGGAUGCCGCCAACAACUACGCCCGUGGUCACUACACCAUUGGCAAGGAGAUUGUUGACCUUGUCCUUGACCGCAUCCGCAAGCUGGCUGACCAGUGCACUGGUCUCCAGGGCUUCCUCAUCUUCCACUCCUUCGGUGGUGGUACCGGCUCUGGUUUCGCCUCCCUCCUCAUGGAGCGUCUGUCGGUUGACUACGGCAAGAAGUCCAAGCUUGAGUUCGCCGUCUACCCCGCUCCCCAGGUGUCCACCGCCGUCGUCGAGCCCUACAACUCGAUCCUGACGUGCCACACCACCCUCGAGCACUCCGACUGCGCUUUCCUCAUGGAUAACGAGGCCAUCUACGACAUCUGCCGUCGCAACCUCGACAUUGAGCGCCCCACCUACACCAACCUGAACCGCCUCAUCGCCCAGGUUGUGUCGUCCGUGACCGCCUCUCUCCGCUUCGACGGUGCCCUCAACGUCGAUCUGACCGAGUUCCAGACCAACUUGGUCCCCUACCCCCGUAUCCACUUCCCCCUGGUGACCUACGCCCCAAUCAUCUCGGCGGAGAAGGCCUACCACGAGCAGCUCUCGGUUGCCGAGAUCACCAACUCGUGCUUCGAGCCCGCCAACCAGAUGGUCAAGUGCGACCCCCGCCACGGCAAGUACAUGGCCUGCUGCGUCCUGUACCGUGGUGACGUCGUCCCCAAGGACGUCAACGCCUCCAUUGCCACCAUCAAGACCAAGCGCACCAUCCAGUUCGUCGACUGGUGCCCCACUGGUUUCAAGGUUGGCAUCAACUACCAGCCCCCCACCGUUGUCCCCGGCGGUGACCUCGCCAAGGUCCAGCGCUCGGUCUGCAUGCUCAGCAACACCACGGCCAUUGCCGAGGCCUGGGCUCGCCUUGACCAUAAGUUCGACCUCAUGUACGCCAAGCGUGCCUUCGUCCACUGGUACGUCGGUGAGGGCAUGGAGGAGGGUGAGUUCUCCGAGGCCCGUGAGGAUCUUGCUGCCCUCGAGAAGGAUUACGAAGAGGUCGGCAUCGACUCCCUCGGCGGUGAGGAUGAGGAGGGUGCUGAGGAGUACUAAGCGUCUUCUCCAUCUGCCUUGUUCCUGGCUUGAUGCGGGCUGGUUGAUUUCUGCCUUGCUUCCUUGUCUAUUGUUCAAUUGACCCUUAACUGAAGUG